UCUCUCUCUCUCUCUCUCUCUCUCAUAUUCUCUCACAUAAUCUCUCUCAGGGAAGAAACUAACAGGCAUCGAGGGCUGAAAUUGGAGGCAGCAGAAGCCAUGAAUCCCAUGAAAUUUUGUCCCGAAUGCAACAAUCUACUCUACCCAAAAGAAGAUGGAAAACGCAAGGUCUUGCUUAGCGCCUGCCGCAUCUGCGACUACACGGAGCCCGCAGAGAAUUAUUGUGUGUACAGAAACGAGAUAGAUCGUAUCUCAGCACCACCUGUUGUAUUGAGGGAUGCGCAUGCAGAUCCCACACUUCCUCGCGUUAAGGGAGCCAAAUGCCCUGCGUGCAGUUAUCCAAAAGUUGCAUUCUUUUUGGCUAACCCAAUGGAAAGCAUGGCUCGAACUUUUGCCUGCUGCAACCCCACCUGCGGCCAUAACUGGACAGGCGAAGCUCAACAAAGUGGUUCAAGAUAGCUUAGCUUGCAUUUCAAUAAAUAAUCCCGUCAAUUUAUAUGAGAGUUUGGAAAUAUCGAACAUAAUUGAGAAGAACUUCAUGUUUUCUUUCUUUUUUUUUUUUCAUUUUAAUUUUUUAUCGUGAGAACUAAAACUAAUGUAUGUGUUAUUUUAAUCUGAAGAAACUACU